AUGAUUCUUAGAACUAGUAUAGAAACAUUACCUAAUGAAAUUCUUCAUUAUAUUCUUUCUUAUCUUGAAUGGUUUGAUAUGUUAACGUCUUUUUGGUCAUUAAAUAUUCGUUUCAAUUCUCUUGUGCGUUCAAUAAUUUCUAUAAAUGAUAAUCGAUUGAACACUGGUCUUCGAAUUACGUCAGAUUUACCUUAUAAUAAAUGUUUGACUUUAUUUUUAUUAAUUUUGAAAUCAUCAUCUCUUUCUUCUUCUAUUCAACGUAUUCAUUUUGAUGAAACAAAUUCAAUUGCUUCUGAUCUUAUUUAUGAAUGGUUAUUUAAUCAUAAUAAUAUUCUUAAUUUUCCAAAUCUUAAAUCUCUUAUUCUUAUUCGAUGUGGAUCAAUUGAACCAGUAGUUCGAAGUUUAUUUUAUCUUAUUGAACAUCAAUUAGAUGAACUUACAUUAACAUUUGAUGACACAAUGUUCACAGACGAAUAUAUCCAUAUAAGUGAAAAUUCAUCAAAGGUCUUCAAUCAAAGUAAUCAAUUGUUUAUUUGUACAUAUUUCAAAAACAAAAUGAGUUUUAUCUCUACCUUGAACAAUUCAUCUUUGACUAGGAACAUUUACAACCGAUAGAAAUUCUUUCAGAGAUAAAUUCAACAUUGGAUGUAAGUGUUUGGGUGUGAGUUUUCCAUUUUUCGAUCACCCACAGUCACACUUACACCCGCGCCUACCCACACCCUCGUAGGAAAAGGUUGGUAUAGAAAUUUUACAGAUUAGGAUAGGAUAAGGGUUCAAGUAUUAUACGGUAAGGUAAUAGCAGAACUUUUUGCUCAAUCAAAGUACAGAGUAUGAAAAACAGCUUACCCUGCACAUCUAUACACUCGAGUCACCUAAUCGAUGGAGAUUCAAUAAAGUUCUGGUCUAGUAAUGAAACUCGUCGUAGUUUUUAUUAAUAUAAAUAGUAAUUAUAAGAAUACAUGUCAUAACAGCGACCAAUGCUUCUUUAAAAAAAGUAUUCAGCUUAUCUGGAUUGACAUUUACCCAAAUAUGAGUAGGUUUAUCACCAAGUCAAACUGAUAACAUUAUUUAUUUGUUCACAGGAGAAAUUCAAGAGCAACCAGUAUAAAAAAAAAAACUGUUAGCGCAAUCCCUUGCGAAAUUUAAAACGUGAAACACGAUGUAGCUGCUAUAGACAAUGUUCUAAAAGUUGUUGUUUUAUGCAUAUUGGGUUACAUUUCUUCAUAAUAGUUUACCUUACAUUAUAGACUUUGAACAGGAUAAUACUCUAUAUAUGCUUCCAAUCAUAUGUUAGUUAUGCAUCAUUUCUGAUAUUUCCUUGAAGUCUUCUAUCACAGUCUAUAAUAACCCCUGGGCCCUGUCUGUCACGGUCUGUGGGGAGGAGGGGUGGGUCCAAAUUUCUAUCUUUAAACACUUCAACACUCCUUUCAGAUCGUGUUUCACAAAAAACUUGUCCUUUUUGUUCAUAUGUUUCUAUUAAUUAUAUUGUAAAUCUUGAAUCCCUGCCUUUGUUCUCUUAUACUUGUGUUCAGCUUAUGCAUGUCAGCUGUUUUUGUUGACUUCUUUUUUCUAAGAGAUAUGUGUGAUAGAGAUUAUUAACAGAAUUUCUUGUAAAUGAUUUUAUAGAAUUAUUACUUUGAUAAUAUUUGGCUAUGGAAAUUUAUAUUCAUAAAUUUUUUACUCUUGUCAAUGCGCAGAACGAACUUUUCAAUGGUUUACCCUGUGUCACGAAAAGCGGAAUGGUUGACUGAUUUUAUCUUGCAGCAGUCAGAGUAGGAGAAAAAAGAAACCGUCCUGUGAUCUUCUCUAGUAUGAUAAGUAAAAAAUAUACAAUUUAAUAAUUGAUUGUUAACUGAUGCAAAAGAAAAUUGUUAGAUCUGAAAAAAUAGUAUUUAAUUAUAAGUAAAUUGUCUUUGAAAUUUUAAUCUAAUAUAAUGACUAAUUAAAAUGACAAUUAACUAAUUAAUUGACUGAAUAGAAAUAGACUAAAAUUUAUUUUAUUGUUUGUUUUCGUUUAAUAUUUCAAACAUUUGAGUCUUACUGACACAAAGUGACAUGUUAUAAAUAUGAGUUUCACAUUGUUAAAUCUAAAAUGAAUAAAAGGAUCCCGCCGGAUUUCAUGAACCAUCUCGAACCAGAUUACCAUAUAUAUGGUUAAAGACACUGAUUAUGGCACUUAACGGAUAUUAUAUGGUACCCAUAGACAGUGUGGUGCUUAGUAUGUCUUAAGACAAAGCUAUGUAAAUUCUUUUUUAAAACUCUUUUCAAUAGAGUUCUAGGUACUCUUCAAUUUUCUAUUUUCAUUAGUAUUCAUCGGUGCUGUCUUCCUACAUAAA